CCCCCAUCUUCUUUUUAACCCAAAAAAAAAAGAACCAAAAUUCUCUCUUCUUCUCCAUCCUAGGGUUUCCCAAUUCGCCAUUCCCGAAACCACAUUUCAUACUACGGCUUCGGUUCUCCACGGGCAUUGCUCCGAGCUCUCGGAUUGUUUCCGGUUACGGAUUCGGAUGCUCCGAUUUUGUAAUUCGGGGGCGGACUCAGGAAUUUGUGCAUGGACUAGUUCGGCUGCGGUGGGAGAUAGUGCUGUUGACUGGUUUGACAGGUCUCGAUGGUUUGCUCAGUUGGAAGUGGGAGGAUGGCAGUGAUGGCAAGGCUUCUCGCGGGUGGGAGUGUGUCGCAAAGCCUUGCAGAGGAUGUUCCUCAUCAGAAAUUCGCGGUAUAUAGAGAAUUAAUUGAGGCGAAUGAUGCAAAUUUGCUUGACGAAGAAGAUAUGCACGUGUUUGAUUUGGAGCCGAUGACUGAUACUUUGCUUUUGGUAUGUUGCAAUGCUUGUAAAAAACCAGUCAAGGCUAGUCAAUAUGCAGCCCAUUCAGUACUUUGCAGGUCAUUAAAUUCUACGAAGGAAACUAAUUUGGAAGUUGGUGCUGCUAUUGAGCAAAAGAAGCCUCCAAGGAAGGAGAAGAAAAAGUUAUCAACUGCAUAUGCUCAUCAGUCAACAUCAGUUAGAGAGCUCGAAAGGUCUGAAUCUGCAGAUGAUGUUGCUGUGUCUCAACCUCAGUUGGAUGGGAAAAUAGGAAUGAAUUCUUUUUGUGGUACAGGCGGAAAAGGAAACUCAGCAUCUGUAGAUACAACCUAUAUGAUGGAUGGCUCAGGAGUUAGCCCUGAUAAUACCAGGAUAGCAGGUGAGCAGCCACAGCCACCACUAUCAGAUGAUCUGGGAGCAACAUCUAUUGUAUCAGAACUUAGAAGUGCUCAGGAAACAUGUCCAUAUUGUCCUGUUCCCCUUGCUACUAAAGUAUAUUACUCGCAAAGAAGUAAUCGUCUCCGUACAGCACUUUGUCAUCUAUACUCUGAGGCAGUUGUAUCAAAUAAGGAGCUUUGCACUGUCAUGAGGGACACGCAGUCUUUGCCUUCUAUACAGACACCUGAUCAAAUUCUCUCACAAACUUCAGAAGCUUGCUUGGACAAAUCAAUAGGUUCCCUGCCUGCCGAUGACCUCUCAAAUCAGUUUCCUGUUGAUAAUGUUCCGAGGCCUCAGGCUGCAGGUGUAGGUUUGACAAGAAGCAAACUUCUUUCAAAACCUUAUUCUUUUGCAGGUAGCUCAGGACAAUCUUUGGGAACUUUGCAACAGCGAAAUGACAGAGUUCCUGUUGUAUAGGAGUCAUGCAGAAACUUUUAGGAUCGGGGAAGGUGUUACUUGACCAAAUACGUGAGUUUAGAAAUUAGGAUUCUUUUUUUAUAUUGACUGAGGAAAUCAUUGAAAUCCAUUCUAGGCCUCUGCAUGAUUGUUAAUCCAUACCUAUGUUUAGAUGCAAAUUGCUCUCCGAACAUGUGUAAAUCUGUGUUUUUGUAAAUAUGAAUUUUACUUGUUCCAUG